CGAGCUGUCAGAGCAGCUUGUUGCACGACCAGCUUCUUGGUAAACUAACUUGAGUUCGGCGUUAAAAUCUAAACCAGUUGCCUGACAAAUCGCGCUUCGCGUGGACCGACGAGAAUGUUCGCUUCGGUUAAAAAACAAGCCUUAGUUCCCUUGACUUAACGAGUCAUCUGCCGCAGUUUCCCAUCGAGCUUCAUUUGCCGUCUGCGUGAUUUGUGGUCAAGAAACAGCACAGCGGCGGCAGGUCAUGGUAACCAGAUCCCGGACAGAAGAAAGUGCCUUCUCUGACGACGUUCCUACUUGAAGCUGCUCGCCGCUUCCAUCCUACACUGUAAACAGCGCUGGCUUGGCCUCCGAAAAGAUCUCAAUUCCUCAGACUUGCCAAAGCACAAGGAACCAACACUCUCUUUCCAUUCUCGGACAUUACUAGAUAUCGUUCCAAGGAGAGCCGUUGCCUUCAGAAAUUGCCAUCCACAACCGUCUCAAGACCAUUUGAAGACCUGGAGCAUGUUCUUAUUGUCGUGCCAGUGUUGUGCACCUGGGACUAAAUGACUGAUGAACGAGAUUGACAGCUUCACUGAUAGCAGCCAUCUCCCACACGACAGCCAGCGGGAGUCUGAAUGUGACGUGUCUAUUUAAAGGGCCUCACCGACCAACCUCAAAACUAGACACAAAACAACACAAAAAUACGUUCGCAGACUAUUUGAACCCGAAUCAACAAUCCCGCACCUGACACUGCAGAGCCUGCAGGUUCUCAAACAGCUAUGGCUUUAAACAUCGCGUCGAUACGAGACACGAAAUGGCUGACGCUCGAGGUGUGCCGACAGUUUCAGAGAGGGACGUGCUCGCGCAGCGACGAGGAGUGCAAAUUCGCGCAUCCGCCCAAGAGCUGCCAGGUGGAGAACGGACGGGUGAUCGCCUGCUUUGACUCGCUGAAGGGUCGGUGUACGAGAGAGAACUGUAAGUACCUUCACCCACCGGCGCAUCUGAAGACGCAGCUGGAAAUCAACGGACGCAACAACCUCAUCCAGCAGAAGACCGCAGCAGCGAUGCUAGCGCAGCAGAUGCAGUUCAUGAUCCCUGGCACCACGAUGCAACCAGUGCCUACAUUUCCUGUCAGCCAAGGUCUGGGCUCCAACCCUGGUCUGAGUUACGCGCCGUAUCUGACUCCCAUGAGCCACGGCAUGGGUCUGGUCCCUACAGAGAUGCUCCCUAGCACUCCUGUCAUCGUCCCCGGCAGCCCGCCGGUCAGCGUGCCGAGCUCGUCCUCCACACAGAAACUUCUGCGCACGGACAAGCUCGAGGUGUGUCGCGAGUUUCAGCGGGGCAACUGCGCGCGCGGCGAGACCGACUGCCGCUUCGCCCAUCCCAGCGACAGCCCGAUGAUCGACACGAGCGACAACACGGUCACCGUGUGCAUGGACUACAUCAAGAGCCGCUGCUCGCGCGAGAAGUGCAAGUAUUUCCACCCUCCGGCGCACCUGCAGGCCAAGAUCAAAGCAGCCCAGCAUCAGGCCAACCAGACUGCCGUCGCAGCGCAGGCCGCCGCUGCAGCCAUGACUCAGUCGACUGCCAAAGCAAUGAAGCGACCCCUCGAGGCAUCUGUAGAUCUGGCGUUUCCCCACGGAGUCCUGCAGCCCCUACCAAAGAGACCGGCACUAGAAAAGAGUAACGGGGCCAGCACGCUCUUCAACCCCAGUGUCUUGCACUACCAACAGGCUUUGGCCAGCGCACAGCUUCAGCAGCCCACCGCUGCGUUCUUUCCCACAGGGUCAGUUCUGUGCAUGGCUCCUGCUAGCAGCAUUGUACCCAUGAUGUACAGUGCUACGCCUGCUACUGUCUCUGCAGCAACAACUCCUGCCACAAGUGUCCCCUACGCAACAACAGCACCAGCCAAUCAGAUCAUCUUGAAGUAAACCACCGAAGAGGAACGACGGGGUGUCAGGAAGCUGCUUUGAGAAACCCAAAAAGAUCCCCGUGUAAAUACGACCUGCCCUCCUCCCCUUUAGAACUACAGCAACCUGCAUGCUAAACGCGUAACACACGAAAAACAUUAAACAACACACCGUAUACCUGUUAUGCUCGGAAAAGUGAAAAGGUUUCUAACUUAAAAGAUAUUAAAAAAACAAGACUAGAAAAUAUAUAUGAAUAUAUAUAUAUAAAUACAUAUAAAUAUAUGUUAAUGUACAGCACGUUUCAUAGAGGCAUAAGUGAGAUUUCAUCCGAAUGAUCGGUCCACCGUCAGAUAAUGUGUAUUUUUCUCCCACGGUUGUUUUAAAUACAAAUGCACAAUGAGUGGAAAAAACACGCACUCGGUUUGCACUGUCGGAAAAAUAGUGCUCAAGUGCUUGAUUGUCUUGAAACGGGAGGACGUCUCCUGCAGAGUAUGUCUUAAACAUCCCCAUGUACCCUCUAGGUAGGGGAAAGAGGGAUUUUCUUUCUUGUUUUCAUACACCGAAUGUCACACGGCGGACACGAAGAAGAUUGUCUACUGGUCAAACGAUUAGAGAAGAUAUUAUUCCCGACUCUUCAUCCCCACUGGCCAAAGAAAGGUUUACAAGGACACAAAGUGCAAGCCGGACGAAGUGCGAAUGUGCCGUGCCACCACGUUUCUGUCUGUGUCUCUGCUAAAAGACUGUGUUUUACUCCUUCCUUUUUCGUUUUUAAAUGGACGCUGAAUGAUUUCGAUGUGUCCCGUGGAAACACUGGCCAUCAGGGAGUCGACUCUGGCUUCUAUCCCGUGCCAAGGGCUUACAUUAAACUGGAGAGCUGCUGUAAACAAACUCACACAUGAGACGGACUUCUUCUCCAAAUUGUCCGGGGCCUGUUCUAGUCCCACUCACACGGUGCCCGAGCGGAAACAAAAGACGACGACGACAAGAGGGAAACGUUGCAGUACACGAUCUCUUGUGAAUGGAGGGCGCUGCGCUCUCGCCGAUAAUCCUGUUUUAUUUGAUAUAAACAGUAGAAGUGCCUAAAAAAUCUAUUUUACACAGCAAGCAUCUUGAGAAGAUGACUUUAUGUGGGGUUGGGGGUUAUAAAAACAUUCAAAGCGAAGCUCCCGAAAUGAUUUUGGCCAGACAAGUGACAAAAAAAAAUAAGUUUAAUGCAUUUCAUGCACAUCACGGUCUGUUUCAUUACACGAUAACGAUGUUGCUAGAAAUCGGAGCGAGUUUGUUUUGUUGUACGAUGUUAGAUUUGAUGCUUUCUUGGAGUAGUUGGAAAUGUAAGGAACUUUGUAUGGAACUUCGAGCUCAAUGUCUGUAACACGCGUGACGUUUUGAGUUUGGUAAACGAUUGUCAUUGCGGUGCGUUCUUAACCAGUUCUGUUGUUGAGUCUGUUAAAGGAAUAGUGCGCCCAAAAAUGAAAGUUUGCUGAAAAUGUAUUAAUGUAAUGUAGCGUUGCAUCACUUUCUCGCCAACGGAUCCAGUGCAGUGAAUGGGUGCCGUCAGAAUGAGAGCUCAUAAAAUCAUCACAAGUAAUCCACAACAGUCUAGUCCAUCAAUUAACAUCUUGAGAAACCAAAAGCUGCGCGUUUAUAAGAAACAAAUCCAUCAAGACGUUUUCAACUUAAAACCAUGUUUCAACUUAAUAUAAAUUGUUACCCCACUGACUUAAAUUUUUUAUGUUUAGUCAACUUGAAAUUUUAAGUUACUUGAUGUUAAUUUAAGUGACAACUGGAAUAUUUUAGUUGGCUAAACUUAAAAUUUUAAGUCAGCAGGGUAACUAAUUUUUUUUUUUUUCCUACAGUGUGGGUUGAUUUUGUUGCGAGUGGAAAACAGCAGAUGACGUUUUUCACUGAAGGAAGUGUUAUUAUGGAUUAUUAUGGAUUAUAGAUUUAAACGAGAAGUUCACUUCCAGAACAAAAAUAUACAGAUAAUGUACUUACCCCAUUGUCAUCCAAGAUGUUUAUGUCUUUCUUUCUUCAGUCGUAAAGAAAUUGCUUUUUGAGGAAAAAAUUUCAGGAAUGUUCUCCAUAUAGUGGACUGAUAUGAUGCCCACAAGUUUGAACUUCCAAAAUGCAACUUCAAAGGGCUCUAAACAAUCCCAGCUGAAGAAUAAGAGUCUUAUCUAGCAAAAUGAUUGGUUAAUUUUUAAAAAAAUUACAAUUUAUAUACUUUUUAACCUUAAACGCUCAUCUUGUCUAGCUCUGUGUGAACCUCUGCGUAUUCCGGUUCAAGACAGUUAGGCUAUAUCAAAAAACUCCCAUCUAAUUUUCAAAAUCAUCCUACAUCACUGUUUUACCUUUUUUUGUAAAGAGUGUUUGAUCCUCCUUCCAUGUUCACUUGGUAAACACUUGGUCAGUACAUCUGCCGCAAUGUAGGGAGAUUUUAACAUUGGAGGAGAAAAUGAGAUGGGAGUUUUUCGACAUACCCUAACUAUCUUUACCCCGAAUGCACAGAGUUCAUGCAGAGCUAUACAAGAUGGGCGUUUGAGGUUAAAAAGUAUAUAAAUUGUAAUUUUCUUUUAGGAAUUAACCAAUUGUUUUGCUUGAUAAGACCCUUCUGCCUCGGCUGAGAUCGUUUAGAGCAUUUUGAAGCUGCAUUUAAACUGUAUUUUGGAAGUUCAAACUCGCGUGCAGCAUUGAAGUCCAUUACAUGGAGAGAAAUACAGAAAUGUUUGCCUUCAGAAACAUAAUUUCUUUACAACUGAAGACAGAAAGACAUGAACAUCUUGGAUGACAAGGGGGUGAGCAAAUUGUCAGUCAAUUUUUGUUCUGGAAGUGAAUUAAUCCUUUAAAACAGAGUCCAUAAUCUAUAAUAAUCAGGAGAGAAAUCUGGAGUGAUCAAGAAGUGUUUAUAAAUGAAAAACAGGUCUGAACAAAUAUGUGUGUGGAUUUUGAUGUGAGAGAAAAGAAGAGAUGAACUUCUUUCACUGAAAGAAGUGUUAUUAUGAAUUAUGGACUUACGGACUUUAGAUGUUUUAGCCAAAAGCAAUGGUUUGAUGUUAAAAACUUCUUAAGGAUGGAUUUGUUUCUUACAAACACACAGAUUUUUGGCUUCUCAGGAUGUUAAUUGAUGGACUGGAGUGGUGUGAAUGACUUGUGGAUUAUUGUAAUGUUUUUAUCAGCUGUUUGGACACUCAUUCUGACGGCACCCAUUCACUAAAGUGAGCAAUUGGUGAGCAAAUGAUGCAAUGCUGCAUUUCUUCAAAUCUGAUGAAAAAACAAAGUCAUUUGCUGGAACUUUCAUUUUUGGGGGAGUAAACCGUCCCUUUAACAAAUGCAUCUGUCAUAUUUUUUUUUUUUACUAUAACAAAUCAUCUAACAGCAUCGUUUGGUUUUUAUUUGGAUGGUGUUUUACCUGAAAUAGUGCACACGCCUUGUUUUCCUCCCUGUGCGAGCGUGUUACCGAUCCAAUCAGAACCAUCAUGUAUUUUCAUGGUGCUCGAAUAACACAGACAAUCCACAAAGAGACGUUUGGUUUCGCAGGAAUAUGGCACUGGUCUUAGCAUUUUUGUUUUUAAAUUCAUGUCGUUUUUUUUUUUUUCUUCCUUUAGGGUUUUUCGCUGUUGUCGCAAAAGUUACAGUUUUAAUGUAAUUUUUGACGUGGAAAGUGAUUUAAAUAUAUUUUAUUGUCAUUCUGUUCAUCUUUAUUUGGUUUUGUUAAAUACUAGAACACAGAACAAUGGUGUAACCUAUUUUAAAAUGAAUGUAAUUUAUUAAGCCGGGGCUUCGCUACGCGCGGCCGUCCUCGGCCAAUCAGGAGCCGCUUCUAGAUCUCUCGUUCGGGACGUCGCGCCGUAGCGCAAGCGAGGCUAUAGAAUUGCUUGUGUUAUGUAAAAAAUGUUUAUUGUAUAGGUAAUGUUUUACCAAAAAAAAAAAACUAAAAUGUAAAAAAAAAAAAAAAAUGUAAAAAAAAAAUCUCCGUAGUAUGAUAGUUAUUUCAUAAUAAUAAUAAUAUUAAGUUGUUGCUGUGGCAACCUAAAAAGUUGCGAAUACUAAAUUUUGGUAUUUUUGUAAAUGAUGUAAUUGUUAAGUUGAUUUUUGUUUUCUUUCGUUUGUUCCUUUGAUCUUUUUUUUUUUUUCCUAGAGCACUGUAAAACGUUAGAUUGUAAAGCAGAUAUUGGAACAUUUCCUAUUUUAAUGUCGAGAUUAUAUUACCAGGAGAUUUUUCGGUAGCAUUUAACGGCCUCUUUAUCGGUGUAACAUUUAAGAUAGUAGUAAAUACUCACUAGCGUGACGUAACUUAAGAAUCGACUCUAGUGUUGGGUUAACCCGCGCCCCUUCCCCCGUUUUAGAUUGACAGAGGAUCUCAAGUACUUGUGAAGAUCAAUUUUUUAUAUAUUAUUUAUAAAAGUUGUCCUGGUUUGUUCAACAACUUAAACGAGUUUAACGAUUGCACUUUGAUUUUAUGUAACCGUAGGAUGUUCAUUUCAAAAAACAGAUGCACAAUGAAUAUGGUAUGGCAACACGAAUCAACGACGGAUGUUUUAUUGCUUUAGUUAAACCAGAGAACUAAAUAUUCAGUAAGCAUCUCUUGCAUGGUAUUUUAUGUCAAAUUAAGAAGUUAUUUUCAAUUUAAUCUGAAAAAAAAAAAAAAGAAGAAAUAUAUUGAAUGUUU